CUAAACUAUUUCAUAUGUUAAGACCCGAGUAUAAACUUCCAUCUCGUAAAUGGAUAAGUACAGACGUUUUAGAUAAUAUACAUGAAAAUGUUCAAUGUGGCAUUCAAAAUUUUAUAGCAGAUUCGAUGUUUUUAACACUGUCUGGUGAUGGUUGGACUAACGUAUCAAAAAAUAGCAUGUUAAAUUUUAUCAUUACAAAUGAAAAACAUGAAAGUCAAAUUUUAAAAAUCGACAAUUAUUCUGAUCAACGUCAUAUGGGUAGCAAUAUAUUUGCUAUAUAUAAAGAAAUUGGAAUGAGUCUUGGUUUAAAUAAGUGGAUAGCAUUUAUUUCAGAUAGUGGGCCCGAUUUCAAAAAGGCACAACGCCUUAUACGUGAA